AUGAAUUAUGGAGAAGGAACGGGCGACGGGAGCUGCAACAAGAAGCACAUAAUUAUCGUCCAUGGCGCUUGCCAUGGAGCAUGGUCUUGGCACAAGGUGACGACCCAGUUGAGGUCCGAUGGGUACCAGGUUACGGUGCCCGACCUUGCGGCCUCCGGCGUCGACGAGCGGCGGUUUCAGGACCUGCGAUCGUUCAUCCACUACUCCCAGCCGCUCCUGGACAUAUUGGCCUGCCUCCCCCCUGGUGAGAGGGUCAUUCUGGUAGGCCACAGCCUCGGAGGCCUCAACAUAGCUCUGGCUAUGGACAGGUUCCCCGAGAAGAUCGCCGCCGCGGUCUUCGUCACCGCCUUCAUGCCGGAUUCCGUCAACCCGCCCUCCUACGUCAUCGACAAGCAUAAAGAGGAGAAACCCAUGUUAAAUUGGGGCGACACACAAUUUGGCUUGUACGGGGACAAAGACGAAGGUCCCGCUUCCAUGCUAUUUGGCGCCGAGUUCUUAUCCAAGCUUUACACACGUAGCCCACCCGAGGAUCUGACGCUGGCGAGGACCCUUGUGAGGCCUUCUUCCGUGUUCCUCGAAGACCUCGCGUCCAUGCCUCCCUUCUCCCCGUCGAGAUACGGAUCGGUGGAGAAGAUCUACGUGGUGUGCGCUCAGGAUGAGAUCAUCAGGGAAGGUUUUCAGCGGUGGAUGAUCGAGAACAACCCAGUGAAAGAAGUGAGAGUGCUGGAGGACGCCGACCACAUGCCCAUGUUCUCAACCCCGAAGCAGCUGUUUCAGUGCCUCUCGGAUGUUGCCGAUGCCUGCGCUUGAUCCUCCGAAUAACGUGGUCAUAAUAAAGUAGAUUUGUAGUUGUAUUUGCGUUGCAGCUAUGAUUGAUGCAUCAUGGUUUGCUAUCAGAGCAAUGGUGUAGCUGUUUGAUAUAUCAAAUGACACCCAACAAGACAAGAGAAACAUAAUGGGUUUUGUCGAUAUUAGGCUGUAAUGCCGAGUGUUAUAGACAUUUUUGCGUAGCCAACCUUUGUCACCUUGUUCAGAUUACCUGAUUCUCCUAAUCUAUUUAAUGUGGACUCUGUUGCCUGACUGCUUGAGACCUGAGGGUUGUACGCUCUUCUCGUGUUCUCAUGUGAAACGUAGCUGCAAAUUGCAGAUUG